UAUAGAAGCAUAAUAUUGGAACGCCAUAUUGAGUAACAGAAGUUAUGAAGACGUUUCUUGUAACAGGGCUUAGUUUUGUGUUAAGUGGGUUCGUGAUUGGAAAUGCAUACUACCAGAAGAAACAGUUUUAUCCUUCAGUGGUUUAUAUCACGAAAUCUAAUCCCAGCAUGGCGAUGUUGUACAUCCAAGCCUUUGUUUUUAUCAUUCUCAUGGGAAAACUAAUGAGGAAGAUAUUUUUUGGAACACUUCGACCUGCUGAAAUAGAGCAUUUAAUCGAGAGAUCUUGGUAUGCAGUGACGGAGACCUGCUUAGCGUUUACAGUAUUUCGGGAUGAUUUCAGUCCUAAAUUCGUAGCUCUCUUCACUCUUCUGUUGUUUCUGAAGUGUUUUCACUGGUUGGCUGAGGACAGAAUUGAUUAU